GCCCACAUGUUAAAAACGAAACUAAACACAGUCAUCUUUUUUCAUUUUCCCCUCAAACAAACCUGUCUUAACCCUCCACCCUUUUUCUUACCCUAUUAUUCCUCUCCACUCAUUUUUCCUCUUCUCAAUCUCCAUUUUCCACUACUAACACAAUCAACACUUAUUACUACAUCAAUCACAAUUCACACGUAUUCUCAAUUUCCAACACCAAUUCCAAAACGCACCGUUUCAUUCAUCAUCUUCAUCUUCAUCUUCAUCCCUAUGGGUUGAACCUGAACUUGAACUUUAACACAAUCGAUUCAAUUUCCCGAUGGAGUGGGACAGUAAUUCCGAUCUAAGUGGAGACGAAGACGACGCCGUUUCAUCCUCUUUUCUCCUAAACGACGACGUUGGACCACUUCCUUUCCCUGUUCUUCAAACCGCACCGUGUGGCUUCGUCGUCACCGAUGCACUCGAUCCUGAUCACCCUAUUAUCUACGUCAACGCCGUUUUUGAGAUGCUUACUGGUUAUCGCGCUGAAGAAGUUCUCGGUCGUAACUGCCGUUUCUUGCAGUGUCGAGGUCCAUUCGCUAAGAGAAGGCAUCCAUUGGUGGACUCAUCAGUAAUUUCAGAAAUUAGAAAAUGUAUUGACGAAGGUGUUGAAUUUCAAGGUGAAUUGCUGAACUUCAGGAAAGAUGGAUCUCCGCUUAUGAACAGACUGAGGUUGACACCUAUAUAUGGAGAAGAUGAUGAAAUAACACAUGUCAUUGGAAUUCAGUUAUUCACAGAGGCAAACAUUGAUCUUGGUCCUCUUCCCGGUUCUACAAUUAAGGAAUCUCUUAAAUCGUCUGGUCGGUUUCACUCGGUGCUUUCCUCAUUGCAACCUCCUCCAUUGGGGGAUCGGAAUGUGAGUCGUGGAAUAUGUGGGAUAUUUCAAUUGAGUGAUGAGGUAUUGUCUCUCAAGAUCCUUGCUCGCUUAACUCCAAGAGACAUUGCAUCGGUUAGUUCUGUUUGUACGCGAUUGUAUGAAGUAACAAGAAAUGAAGACCUUUGGAGAAUGGUAUGCCAAAAUGCAUGGGGUAGUGAAACUACUCGUGUUUUGGAGACUGUUCCUGGUGCAAAGAGGCUUGGAUGGGGUCGAUUAGCAAGGGAACUGACCACUCUUGAAGCAGCAGCAUGGAGGAAACUGACUGUUGGAGGUGGGGUUGAACCCUCACGCUGCAAUUUUAGUGCUUGUGCAGUUGGAAAUAGAGUUGUCCUAUUUGGUGGUGAAGGGGUUAAUAUGCAACCCAUGAAUGACACCUUUGUAUUGGAUCUCAAUUCUAAUAAUCCUGAAUGGCAACAUGUCCAGGUUAGCUCACCUCCCCCUGGUCGGUGGGGCCACACACUUUCUUGUGUUAAUGGUUCUCGUUUGGUUGUAUUUGGAGGCUGUGGAACACAGGGCUUGCUAAAUGAUGUGUUUGUUCUGGACUUGGAUGCAACCCCUCCAACUUGGCGUGAAAUUUCUGGAUUGGCACCUCCGCUUCCAAGAUCAUGGCAUAGCUCCUGUACUCUUGAUGGUACUAAGUUGAUAGUUUCCGGCGGCUGUGCUGAUUCUGGAGUACUUUUGAGUGAUACUUUCCUCCUUGAUAUGUCAAUGGAAAACCCUGUCUGGAGGGAGAUACCAGUCACAUGGACACCGCCUUCCCGUUUGGGCCACACACUAUCUGUUUAUGGUGGUAGGAAAAUUCUGAUGUUUGGGGGUCUGGCCAAGAGUGGGCCCUUGCGUUUCCGGUCAAGUGAUGUGUUCACGAUGGAUUUAAGUGAGGACGAACCAUGCUGGAGAUGUGUAACAGGGAGUGGAAUGCCUGGUGCUGGCAAUCCUGAAGGCAUAGCUCCUCCUCCCAGACUUGAUCACGUGGCUGUUAGCCUUCCAGGUGGUAGAAUAUUGAUUUUUGGUGGGUCUGUUGCAGGCCUUCAUUCUGCCUCCCAGCUUUACAUACUUGAUCCAACUGACGAGAAGCCUACAUGGAGAAUCCUAAAUGUACCUGGGCGUCCUCCAAGAUUUGCUUGGGGACAUAGUACAUGUGUUGUUGGAGGGACAAGAGCUAUUGUUCUGGGCGGUCAAACUGGGGAGGAAUGGAUGUUAAGUGAUUUGCAUGAACUUUCAUUGGCAAAUUCUGUCAUCUAGUCCAGUGAAUAAAUUGUAUGCUGCAGUGAAGGGAAUGCUCAUGUUGUAAAAUCAUUUUGAGCAGAUUUGGCGGCAAAGGCAUUUGUUGGUCACUGACAAUCUUGACAAGCAUUGCUCUGGUCAGAACGUUUGUGUAUUAAGUCCUUUCGACAAUGCAUUUUAUGGUACUGUGAUUGUGAUUGGUUCUGGUUCGAGAAGAACUUUUCCAACGAGUGACACAAUACUAUGUUUGAUGUUUUUUGAGGUUGUAUGAAACUUCGCCCUUCUGUAUGCUCAAUGAAUUGUUCUUCCUGAAUAGAUUAAUAGUGUCUGAUAACAAUUAGGGAGUAUAUUAGGAUAGUUUUUCCCAUGUAUUGUCUUUUUCUAAUUAUGUAAUUUGAACCGUGACAAAGGACAGGAAAAAAAAUGCAUGUUCAUACAUAGUAAUGUAUUAGGUCUAUGGUAUUUGUAUGUAUGGAAGUUUCUACUUCUGUUUUGUGCUUUUGAACAUGAGUCAGCUGACAUGGUCAUAAUUGGGUGUAGUAAUUUGCCCCAUUACAAACAGGUGUACAAGGUAGAGGACGCUGCAGUUUGUAUAUAUUUCCCUUAAAUAAAUAAAUAAAUAAUGUGAUAGAUAA